ACCCCUCAUAUCACUCAGAGGUCUCCUCUCUCUCACCCCACUCCUCUACCCUCCUUCCGUCCUUUGCGCCCAUCUCUCCAUCCAUUCACACUCCUUUCUUCAACAAGCUAUGGACGUCUUCUCGCCAUCCCAGGUCUACUACGACCGAGCGUGCGCUUCAUCCCCAGACAGCAUGGAGUUUGGCCCCGGCGGAGAGCUCGACGGCUCCGAAGAGGACGAGCAUGUCAGGGUGCCCGGAGCGCCUCACCAGCCGGGACAUUGCCUCCAGUGGGCCUGCAAGGCCUGCAAGCGCAAGUCCAACUUUGUGGACCGCAGACGGGCCGCCACAAUGCGCGAACGCCGGAGGCUGAAGAAGGUCAACCACGCUUUCGAGGCUUUGAGGCGCUGCACCUCGGCCAACCCCAGCCAACGUCUGCCCAAGGUGGAGAUCCUGCGCAACGCCAUCCAGUACAUCGAGAGCCUGCAGGACCUGCUACGAGAGCAGGUGGAAAACUACUACGGCCUACCCGGAGAGAGCAGCUCGGAGCCUGGGAGCCCGCUGUCCAACUGCUCUGACGGCAUGGUCGACAGCAACAGUCCGGUGUGGCACCAACUGAAUGCAAACUACAGCAACAGUUAUUCAUAUGCGAAGAAUGAGAGUCUGUGCGAUAAGACAGCCGGAGCCUCGAGUCUGGCGUGUCUCUCCAGCAUCGUGGACCGCCUGUCCUCGGUGGAGUCCAGCUGCGGACCGGCAGCUCUGAGAGACAACACGACCACCUUCUCCCCCGGAAGCUCCGAAUCGCAGCCCUGCACGCCGGAGAGCCCCGGAUCGAGGCCCGUCUACCACGUCCUGUGAAGGAAGAAACUGGGCUUUGACGUGGAUUUAUUCCAGGCGCUCUGACCUGCUUUUUUACACCAAAACAAGAGAUAAGAACUAGCUUUGUGCAGAGACUGCAUCUGAGGAUAAGCAGGUUUUAUAUUGUACAUGAGAUUGUAAAUAUGUAAUGUAAAUGCCCAUUUAUUCUAUACAUGCUAUUAUACCCAAUGAGACAUAUUUAAUUAUGGCAGUUAAAGUAAUGUUGCAUUAUUCCAACAUGAAGUGGUAUUUAAGCAGUUUUGAUCUCUUACUUUCCAUGUUGUUAUGAACAUUAAAUCACUGUUUUAUAUAAAACUUUGAGCAUCUUCUUCUUC